CUGACGGUGGAGGGAGGACCGGAGACUGCGGAGAUAAACAAACACACGCAUUGGGCUCUUCACUCACCUGCUGCGGACUCACCACUCACCUGCUGCCGCUGCUCCACGUCCGACCCGGGUCCACACAGCCAGAGACAGAGAGAAUAACCCGGGAUACCCUCCUCUUCCUCCCUCCUCUUCACCCCCCGGAGGCGGGCGCUUUAUGUGACUCGCGUCCCGGCGGAGAACCGAGCGAGACAUGACGGAGCUGAGGAAGCGAGGCGGCGGCGGAGCAGACACCGACAGCACCGACAACAUCAGCGACAAGGAGGGCGACGGUGAUGACAGGCUUGGUCUGCACGGUGACGCAGACGGAGAAUGUGACGCUGACUCCAAAGCAGACACUCCAGAUGUUCCUCUCUCCACAGCAGACACAGACAACACUCCACAAUGCCUGAACAAAGCUCUGGAGGGCCUGCCGCCCAGAUGGAAGAACUACUGGAUACGAGGGGUCCUGUCAGUAGCCAUGAUAUCAGGCUUCUUCCUCAUCAUCUACAUGGGACCUAUCGCUCUUUUAUUAGUGGUCAUGACCGUCCAGAUCAAGUGUUUUCAAGAAAUCAUCGACAUCGGAUACAGAGUUUACCGUUCCUACGAGCUGCCCUGGUUCAGGACUCUGAGCUGGUACUUCCUGAUCUGCGUCAACUACUUCUUCUACGGUGAGACGGUGGCGGACUACUUCGGGGCUCUGGUGCAGAGGGAGGAGCCGCUGCAGUUCCUGGCUCGCUAUCACCGCUUCAUCUCCUUUGCUCUGUACCUCGCAGGUUUCUGCAUGUUUGUGCUGAGUUUAGUGAAGAAACAUUACCGCCUGCAGUUUUAUAUGUUUGCUUGGACCCAUGUGACCCUGUUGAUUGUGGUAACUCAGUCCCACCUUGUCAUUCAGAACCUGUUUGAAGGAAUGAUCUGGUUCAUUGUCCCGAUCUCCAUCGUGAUCUGUAACGACAUCGGGGCCUAUCUGUUUGGAUUCUUCUUCGGGAGGACGCCUCUCAUCAAGCUCUCGCCCAAGAAGACCUGGGAGGGCUUCAUCGGCGGUUACUUCUCCACGGUGGUUUUCGGCUUCAUCCUGGCCUACCUGCUGGCUCGGUUCCAGUACUUCGUGUGUCCUGUGGGAUUCAACAGUGAGACCAACGGCUUCACAGUCGAGUGUGAGCCCUCGGAUAUCUUCGUGAUGCAGGAGUACACACUUCCUGCCGUCGUACAAAACCUUGUGACUUGGAAAACAGUGAACCUCUAUCCGUUCCAGAUCCACAGCAUCUUCCUCUCGUCCUUCGCGUCGCUCAUCGGGCCGUUCGGCGGCUUCUUUGCCAGCGGCUUCAAGCGAGCCUUCAAAAUCAAAGACUUUGCCAGCACCAUCCCCGGACACGGUGGCAUCAUGGAUCGCUUCGACUGCCAGUACCUGAUGGCCACCUUCACACACGUCUACAUCGCCAGCUUCAUCAGGGGUCCGAACCCGAGCAAGGUGCUGCAGCAGCUGCUGAUGCUUCAGCCCGAGCAGCAGCUCAGCAUCUUCCACACACUGCACUCCCAGCUGAGAGAGAGGGGCAUGCUCCCCCCCGCUGUCGCCCAGGCCGAGUGAACGACUCCACGGUGGGAUGACGGGGGAGUGUGUGUGUGUGAUGGUGUGGAUAGUUUGUGUAGGCAUGUACAAAGGCAGACACACACAGACACACACACACACUCGCACGUAUGCCUGUUUGGUGUUUGAUCCCGGGCCCCUCCCUGCUUCUGUCGUCAUCCUGCUGCCUCUUCACUCGACCACAGACCAGCGCCAAAUCCCACCUGAAGCGACUCUCAUUAAAAAAAAAAUAACAAAACACAAGUGGCUUUGUUGCUUUUCCACUUGGAGCGGCACAUCAACUACAACAGCAAACAGGAAGUCCACAUCCUGAAGACCCGCGGACAGAAGAUAAAAUGUCUCCUCACACAACACAGACUUCAAAGCACACAGCUUUCCCGGCGCAGGUGGACGGUGGACGUGCGGUUUCCCUUGCGCACGGCAAAUAUUGCACUGACCUGAGCAGAACAAAUGGAUUUUAAGAAGCUUUUACCAGCAUGAACUGGGCCCAGAGCCUCGGACACGUGGACCUGAGCUGCCGCCGAGCGCCCGGCGCCGCUCGUCUCUCUGGGGCUCGGGGUGAGGUCAUGAUGCAGCAGGGUCGUUAAACUGUAAACACUGUUUUUCAUGGUGUUUGCUCUAUUUAAGGAUCUUAACCUCGUGUAGCAUGUUCCUGAGUCCCGUGUCAGGCUUCUGCUUGAACAAGCCAUGUUGCUUGUUGUUCCUCCACAGCGUGAACUUGUCAGCUUUUAGGUUUCUGUCCGAAUCUAAAUAAGUCGCACAAAAAGUCAACAGUGUUUGACUGUAGGCAUGUUAACGCAGAAACUAGAGCAUCAGCCUCACACUCAUGUAUUGUACAUAAAUACAUUUUGAAGAUAUUUAGCUAAUCAAAUACUUAAUAUAUAACUACUUAUGUGACCUGCUGGGGUAAAAAGAUCACUUUUAAACUAAGAGAAAUAAUAAUAGCAUGAACAAAUUAGAUUUUUAAAAGUAGGGACGUAGAGUCGUUCUGAGGUUGCUGUUUAUUUAGAGGGUGUGAACUUUAACUAGAGAAUGUGAUAAAUAAUUUAAGGGAAUAGUUCUAAAAUUUGUAACACAUCUGUUUUUCUUUCUGAGAAUUAGAUGAGAUGAUUGAUUUCAUAGUCCCUCCUCCUCCUCUUCCUCCUCCUCCUCUUCCUCCUCCUCCUCCUCCUCCUCCUCCUCCUCUUCCUCUCUGAAAGUAAAUAAGAUGUGUGUUAUUGGAGAUGUGGAACUAUUCCUUUAUAUAAGACUCGUGCUUCCUGCUUUAUUGAUUUAACCGACGACUUCAGUUGCACUGUAGCAGUGGAGGUACUGGGGGGGGGGGGGGGUUGACUCUGACCGGUCCCACGUCCUCACUCUUUACUCUUCUUCUCUCCUUAUGCUUUAAAUCCCUGUCGUACGGAUUCAGUUCUGAAUGUAGUUUACAAUCUGAGAUGUUAUCGAUGAUAACAACCUGCUGUAUGACAUGUGCGUGUAUACAGUAUGUGCAGUACUGUAUUUACACAUAUCUGAAGUAUAUUUAGGGCGGUGGUUUUAUUGGCAAUAUUUUCAUCUUAUGAAAGUCUUGAGAAUUUUGAUUGGAGGAUUUCAUUCUACAGAGGAUCUGCAUUGAUUCUCCGGAGCUCUGAAGAGAUGAAUGUGUGAUUAACACCGACUUCCCUCGGUUACUGGAGCAGCUCCAGGUCCCGACCCGGACGCUCGACUCCGUCCGGUCCAGACUUCUUCUCCUCAGUGAGGUCGGUCGGGGAGAGAGAGUCUGGAGCUGGAGCUCUAACAGUUUCCUCUGAGGCCCGUGCAAUGCAUUUUAUUCUGUCCACUUCCUCCACAUGUGGGACGAACAGGAAGUCUUCAUUUAUUUGUCCAGUUCGUCCUUUCGAAGGUGAAUGUGGUGUGGGGGGGGGGGGAUUUUUUGGGACCAGCUGUGUCGCACUAUAACAAAACCUCAUCAAAACACACACUAGUACUACUACACAACUGCUCUUCACUGUCCAAUGUAACACACUGAACAAGAUGAAGCCGAACACGAGUGACACAUCUCUGUCACUGAAAUCUGACCAAAAACAGGAAGCAAAACAAAUCUACUCAAACUGAAAACAGUGAAACUAUUUGGAAGUUUUGAAACUGUUGUCUGGAGUGUGUCGGCGCACAAGUUAUAAUUGUUAAAUUCCGUGUUUAUUUCUUUGGUUCCAAUUUAAUGUUUGAUUUGUUCAUUUAUUUCUUUGUCUGAAAAAUGUCAGAAAUGUUGAAAAAUGUUCCGUUAAAGUUCCAGGUUGAUGGAAUUCUCCAAACCCAAAGAUAUUUAAAUAAUUUUUAUGAUGUUUAACAGGUUAAAACAGAGCUUUUUUUUAAUUGAUUGACUUAUUCCUCCUGCAACUAUUUUAGUAAUCAUCUUAUUAAUUUAGAAACAACAACAUUAAGCUAUAGUUAACUUUACCAUAACAAAUGCAAGCGAAAUUAACUUUCAACCAUAAGCAUUAAUGAAGUAUUAUAAGAAUAUUAACAUUGACACGCUUGAGACUCCAGUUUUACAGCUAUGGUUGAAAUUAGGAUUUAAGUGUCGACUAUUUUAAAUGUCAUUUAAGGUGAAUGAAACGGUAAAGGAAGAGAAACGAGUCCUAGAAGCUGAAACGUCAGGUGAGGAUGAUGCACUGCUGAUGUUUGGUCGCUCGUCCUUUUAAUUGAUUCUUUCUCUGUAUAUUUUGUUUGAUUUGCUUUGAUGAGAAAUGUUUUCUAAUGAAAAUCUAUAGCUUUUUGGAGUGGAUAAUAUUUAAAGGUUAUACUGAGGAGGUAUGCUGUUAAUAUAGGGGCGGUAGAAGGUUCUGUAUAAACCACGUGUUGAUAUCUUGUUAGGGAUAUUGCAGCUGUUUACUGUAUGGAGGUGAAUAAAGUUGUUUUUCUUUAAAA